CCGUGUAAACGUCAUAUCCGGUAAAUAAGCAACGUGAGAUUUGUAUGAAAAUAUCUGUUCAAGAUGUUGGAUUUUUUCAGUGUUUUUAGUAAAGGUGGAAUAGUUCUUUGGUGUUUUCAAGGAACUUCCCAACUCUUCACACCAUCUGUGAACGCUUUGAUCAAAAGCGUAAUUUUACAAGAGAGAAGUGGAAGCAAUUCGUUCACUCAUGAAAAGUUGGUACUAAAAUAUAAACUUGACAAUGAGUUUGAAUUAGUUUUUGUUGUGGCGUAUCAGAAUAUAGCGAAGCUGUCGUAUGUCGAUAAGUUUUUAACCGAUAUUCAGAUUGAGUUUAGAAAUCGGUAUAAAGAUGUCUUACAAGAUAAAAAUUAUUGUGGGACUUUUAAUUUCUCGGAUGCCUUUCAAAGUAUUUUAAGACUUCGAGAAAGAGAGAGUGAAGAAGAGGCAAGAAAGCCGAAGCAGAUGAAAACAUUUGAAGAAUCCAACAAAUCUAAAAAAAACGUAUCAUCAAUGAUAGAAAAUAAAAAAGACACCGGUAAAGAUAAUAAAAAACCUAAAGGAAAAGAAAAUAAACUACCAAAAGUUGUUGAGACACCAGCAACUCCUGUUAAACAGUAUGUGGUAGAAGACUCGUAUAAUACUAAUACUAGUAAUGGUGCACUGGAUGAAGAAACUAUUCUCAAGAAUAGAGCCAAAUUAUUCAAUAGAGGCAAGAAGCCAAAAGCAGAAUCUAAAAGUCCAGUAGCUGAAAGUGAAAAGAAGAAAGGUAAAGCUGCUAGAAAAUGGGAUAAUGCUGGAACAACUAAAGAUAUGGUUGAUUUAAAUUAUUGUCAAGAAUCGUCCAAUGGUCUAGAGGAACAACUGAUAGCUACAUCAGAAGCUGAGGUUGCUCUUGUUGGACAAAUGAAAGGAAGUUUACAAGAUAUAGAAGUAGAAAGUAGUGAAGAAGAGGAGAGUGAAGAUGAUGAGAGACCAGUAACUACAUCUGCUAAGUCUAGUAAAUCUGCUGGUGGAUAUGGAAUGUUUAGUAUGUUUAAGAAUUUAGUUGGAUCAAAAGCUUUAACUAAAGCAGAUGUGGAACCAGCUCUUGAUAAAAUGAGAGACCAUUUAAUUGCCAAAAAUGUUGCCUCUGACAUUGCACAGAAAUUAUGUGAUUCUGUUGCUGUAAAACUAGAAGGAAAAGUUCUUGGAACUUUUAGUAGAAUUACAACAACUGUAAAAUCGACUCUACAAGAUUCAUGUGUUCAGUUGUUGGCACCUAAAAGACGUAUAGAUAUAUUACGUGAUGCUAUGGAUUGUAAGAUAAAGAAACGUCCAUACUGUAUAACUUUCUGUGGAGUGAAUGGAGUUGGUAAAUCUACCAAUCUAGCCAAGAUAUGUUUUUGGUUGAUUGAGAAUGGAUUCAAAGUAUUGAUAGCUGCUUGUGAUACUUUCCGUGCUGGUGCUGUAGAACAACUAAGAACACACACUCGUAAAUUAAACGCUCUCCAUCCAGCAGAAGCUCAUGGUGGUCAGCAGAUGGUACAACUAUAUGAGAAAGGUUAUGGUAAAGAUGCGGCUGGUAUUGCCAUGGAAGCCAUCAAUUAUGCACGUGAUAGUCAUAUUGAUGUAGUUCUGGUUGAUACAGCUGGUAGAAUGCAGGAUAAUGAACCUCUUAUGAGAGCUUUAGCUAAGUUAAUCAAAGUCAACCAGCCGGAUCUGGUUUUAUUUGUGGGUGAAGCUCUAGUCGGGAACGAAGCUGUUGAUCAGCUGACUAAAUUUAAUCAGGCCUUAGCCGACCAUUCUAAUAUGACUGAUCCUCGUCUUAUAGAUGGUAUUAUACUCACCAAGUUUGACACUAUUGAUGACAAGGUUGGUGCUGCUAUAUCUAUGACCUAUACCACAGGUCAACCUAUAGUAUUUGUAGGUACUGGACAAACUUACACAGACCUUCGUAAUCUUAAUGCAAAGGCAGUUGUUAAUUCUCUUUUGAAAGCAUAAAUUGAAUUUUAUUUCUUUGUACAUACAUACAUUGAACUUUAUUUUACCUACAAUAUUGUAUCUAUAUUGUCACAUCUGUUUUUAUUUCUGUAUCUCAAAUUCUGUUUGUAUGGUAUUAUGGUGACCACUGGUCAUGCAAAUAAAUCUUAAUCCAGUAAAAUAGUGAAAUGUUCUGUAAAUCGAAUAUUAUGAUAUAUUCUGAUAAUUAAAAGUACAUCUAAAAGUCCACUAAGAAUCACCAAAUGCUUUGUCAAAAUCAAAAUUUUUUUGUUCGUCAGUCAAAAAAAGUCAGAUUCUUAUAACGCAUUAGAGCUCACCAAAUAUCAAAAAAAUUUGAAAUAGCUGAGAAGAAAGCCAACCACAUGUAGGUAGCAUUGCCUCUAUGUAUGUUCAGUAUUUAUCUGUUGUUUUUCUUUAUCCCCAAAAUAUUGGUCUGUGUCAUAGCGAGUUAAAGGUUGUCACUACAUCAAAUACUUUAUGUUAAUUAUAUCUGUUAAAUUUAUGCUAUUGUAUAUAAAUGAUAUUACUGUCUGUUACCAAAUUAAAUCUGAAUUUUUUAAAUUAUUGUCAAUCCAGAUAUAAAAUAAAUGUUUUAUUUAAAUAUAUUAUGUAGAGAAAAAACAACUUUGUCAUAAUGGUGUUGGAACUUGGCCUUUAUGGUUGUUUUACUAAAUGUCCACGUCCGAUUUUUGGUGUGGGUUUAUAUUUAUAAUAAAAUGUUUAAUUCUUGAAA